CUAACUUUCUCCCGAGAUGGACUGGAGGGUCCUUACUCCCUAGUUCAAAUAUAGCUGGCCUUCCAACUAUUGAUGCAGGCAUACACAAGCACUUGGUACAUCAUUGAAAGGUGACUUCUGGUGCAUUUGGUGUAUAAGUUUCGAGUCAUGGCCACGGGAAAGGCAGCAGCAAAUCCCCGCAGUAGUCCAAGGAAUUUGCUCCUGUGCAAUGGCCUUUUCAGCUCAAUGUGUUUGCAGGUUCUUGUUCUUUUGGUUUUGUCGGGCAUUGCUGCCUCGCAGAACAUUGUCACCAAGCUUCCUGGUUAUGAUGGCGAUCUUCCCUUCACACUUGAAACUGGGUACGUGGGUGUAGGUGAUUCAAACAAGUCGCAACUGUUUUACUAUUUCGUAGAAUCUCAGAGGUCCCCUUCAGAAGACCCCCUUAUGCUUUGGCUCACCGGAGGUCCUGGUUGCUCUGUUCUCUCUGCCUUCUUUUAUGAAAGCGGUCCAUUAGCUUUCACUUAUGCGGAUUACAACGGGAGCAUGCCGUCAUUCCAUUUAAACCCAUACACGUGGACACAGGGCCUCAACAUAAUAUAUGUAGACGCACCAGUGGGUACUGGAUUUUCUUACUCAACGACCCAAGAAGGUUAUUAUAUAGAUGACCUUGAAUCCGCAUCACAACUUUAUCAGUUUCUUAGAAAGUGGUUGAUACAACACCCUCAAUAUUUGGAGAAUAUACUCUACAUUGGUGGCGAUUCAUACUCAGGCAUACCUCUUCCUAUUAUAGUUCAAGAGAUAUAUGACGGUAACAUGAAUGGAACGGAGCCGACUCUGAAUCUGAGGGGAUACGUGCUUGGGAACCCAAAGACAGAUUCAUUUAUCGAUGACAAUUCAAGAAUCCCAUUUUCCCAUAGGCUCACACUCAUAUCAGAUGUACUCUAUAAGUCUGCUAAAGAAAGCUGCAAUGGUGAUUUUGUGAAUGUAAAUGAUAGCAACGUAGCAUGCGUGUCAGAUAUUCAAGCCAUCGAUGAGUUGCUUCUUCAAAUCAACACCAUGCAAGUUUUGGAGCCCAAUUGUCAAGUUGCAUCUCCAAAAUCAAGUAAAGAUUACCUAAGCAGGAGAUAUAUCGAGGAGAACCUUGACGAAAGUCUCCUUUCUGCAACAUCCCCUGCAUAUUGGUGUCGGGAUUACAAUUAUGUGUUGUCUGCGGUAUGGGCCAAUAAUAAGAGCGUGCGAGAAGCCCUUAACAUUCGAAACGGGACAACUGGUGUUUGGAAGAGGUGCAAUAGCAGCUUAGCUUACACAAAGACUGUUACUAGUUCUGUUGAUUAUCAUCGGAAUCUCAGUAACACAAACCUUCGAGCUCUUAUAUACAGCGGUGAUCAUGACCUGUCUGUUACACACAUUGGUACGCAAAAUUGGAUCCGUUAUCUGAAUUUGACUAUAUCGGAAGUUUGGCGAGCGUGGUAUGUGGAUGGCCAAGUUGCUGGAUACACGGAAAAAUUUUUGAAUGAUGACUAUAAUUUGAUAUAUGCGACGGUGAAGGGUGCUGGACACGUAGCUCCAGAAUACAAGGCUAAGGAGUGCUAUGCCAUGCUCGAUAGGUGGCUCGCGUAUUACCCUCUCUAAUCAAAGGCUUGAGUUCACGCAAUUUGACUGUUGUUAUAGGAACGCUAUUAUAGCAUUUAUUGGAUUAUGCAAAUGCAAAUUCAUAAUUUUCAUAAUAUGAUAUGAUUUUGUAUUUGACUAUUC